AUGGCAAAUAAUCCUCAGUUUAAGCUGGGAAUCUUACAUUGCAAUUCGACCAUAGCUAACGCAAUUUUUGCCAUUUUAUCCAUAAUUGGUCAACUAGGGCAGAGUAUUACCUUGCCGUUAUGGAUCGAUUCCACGAUUGAUAACUCAUCAUUUGAAAACACUGACGGAAAUUCUACCGAGUUAAAAAUGGAUAGCUACUUCGUUUUAACGUUCUCCUUAUCAGUAUUCUUUCUUUUCUUUGGAUCUAUCACGUUAUUUCUCAAAGUUACACGUCCAGAAGAAAUUAAUCCACUCGGAAAACUGUUUCCUAGCAAAUAUAUCUUGCUAGUUGCAUCACUGUCUGCUCUAGAUGGUUUAUUGAUAGUUUAUUCGAGUAGCGGCACAAGAACACCACCUCAUCUGCAAGCGAUUCUACAGACUGUUGUUAUACCCUUGACAAUACUCUUCAGAUUUUUCUUUUUACGCAAAAGACCAACGUUACUGAAAUUUAUCUGUGCUGGUAUGGUCUUAGUAGCCCUUUUUGUCUGUUUAAUUCCUACCAUGUUUACCAUUACUUCCAAUCAUCAACAGAACAUAUCUGAAGUAUCUAAUGAUCAUCCAUCAUUUAUUUGGCCUAUUAUUUAUAUAACAGGUUUGAUUCCAGGCACAAUUUCCAUUAUCUUCAUGGAAGCUAGUUUGAAACUAAAGCUCGAUCAAGAUAAAACCGUUAAUAUAUUUUGGUUUUUAACUUGGGUAAAGUUAUAUCAGUUGGUUAUUAUUGUCCUUUGCUUUUGGACGGAUUUUCUUCCUCAUUGGGGUGAUCAACCUAAUAUUGAGAUAUUUGCUAAAAGGCACGUUAGCAUUAAUUCGAUCUGGGUAUUCUCUAUAUCAUGUUUUUUUGGUGGAUCAGGUUGUUCUCCAUCGCCUGGAGUACGUGGUACUAUUUUCAUGUUGUGCUAUAUCUUAAAUUUUACAUCCAGCCUGCUUUUAAUUCAAUAUUCCGAAGGAGCUGCCCUCGCUGCAAUGGUAUCGUCUGUUGUGACUCCGUUAAACUUUUUGUUUUGGACCUUAUUUAAUGAACGACCAUUCCAGUGGCAUCCUCAUCUAUCAACUUCCUUAUGGUUUAGUAUUGGAGGUUUAUGUCUUAUGUUUCCAGCUAUUCUGAUAUAUAACUUCGGUGAAAAGGAGAAAGUCGUAGAAGAUCAUCAACCGGAAGAAAGAAAGCACCUUUUGGAACAAGAAUUGCGAGAUUUAUCAAAUGCAGAACAAUAUUAG